AUGAGGGAAAAAGCCAAUAGCAGGAUAAUAAAAAAUGAAAUUAUGCAAUGUCGUAGUUUUAUCGAUUUAAAUAUUUUAAAUUGUGCAAGUGGAUCAAAAAUUGAAACGGAUGGUGGUGAUAUGAAUGAGUUAAAAGAUUUACGAUCAUUUACCGGUGUAAGUAGUGCAUAUCGUACAAUGGCUGUUUCACCGGAUGCUAAAAAACUUUUGUUUAA